AAAACAACAAGAGGAAUAUUGUUAUUGCAGUCAUCAUGAUGAUGAUGUUUGCAACAACAUUUAUUUGCGGAUCAUCAGAAACUGCCUCUAAAAUUAAGGAAUAUUUAAAUCAACACAAAUCAGAUGUUAAAAACUUGGAAACAUUCCAAAGAUGGGUCAGAUAUCCAUCACUUCCUGAACAAGAACAUGAUGUUCAAAUUGAUAUUGCUAAAUACUUGAAGGAAGAAUUAAAGUUUAACAAGGUUGAUAUUUGGACUAUGGAUGAACAAACAGCUGAAUUGGAAAAUAACAAAUUCUUUAAUACUCCACGUAGUUUUGAUUCCUUGGCUAAAUCACCAAUUGUUGUUGGUGUUUUGGAUGGAAGUGCUCCAGAAGAAGUUGAAACAUCAACUGAAGGACAAGUUACUGCAUUCAAGAAGCAUAAAUCCCUGAUUAUCAAUGGACAUAUUGAUGUCGUUCCUGUCGGUAAUCCAAAGGCUUGGUAUUUGGAAAACCCUUUCAGUGGUCACAUUAACAAUUCCAAUAUUUAUGGUAGAGGUACUACUGAUAUGAAGGGUGGUUUGUAUGCUGGUUUGUUGGCUAUUGAAGCUGUUCAAAGAGCUCUCAAUGUCACUAACAUGAAGGGUAAGAUUAUUGUUCACAGUGUUGUUGAAGAAGAAAGUGGUGGUGCUGGUACUGUCAGUGCUGUUUUGAGAGGAUAUGGUCAUGCUGAUGCUGGUAUUUUCCCAGAACCUUCUAAUUUCUUAAUUUUCCCACAACAACAAGGUUCUUUGUGGUUCAGAAUUACUGUCCAUGGUAAGAGUGCUCAUGGUGGUACUAGAUAUGACGGUAUUAGUGCUAUUGAAAAGUCUCAAAUUGUCUUGAAUGCUAUCAAGAAAUUGGAAUUUGAAAGAACUCAUCUCAUUAGAAAUGUUCUCAAGCAAAAACUCUUUGAAAAUAUUACCAUUCCAGUUCCAAUCAAUGUUGGUGUUAUUAAGGGUGGUGAAUGGCCAAGUAGUGUUCCAGAUUUUACUGUCAUUGAAGGUCGUUUUGGUAUUAUUCCAAAUUAUGAAACUGUUGAAGAUGCCAAGAAGGUUUUGAAUGAUUUGGUUUUCAAGAUUAUUGUAGAAGAAGAUCCAGAACAUUUCAAUGCUUACCCAUCUAAAUUGGAAUUUAUUGGUGCCAGUUGGGUUCCAGGUUAUGUCCCAUUAGAACAUGAAUUUGUUAGUCAGCUUACUAAAUCCUUCAGUCAAGUCACUGGACAAGAUCCAAUUAUUGCCUCAAGUCCUUGGGCUACUGAUGCUGGUUACGUUAAUGCUUUGGGUAAUACACCUAGUGUUGUGUUUGGACCUGGUGUCACUCAUAUGGCUCACCAAACUAAUGAAUAUAUUCCAAUUGAAAAUAUUUACAAGGCUGCUGAAGUUAUUGCUAAUACCAUUGUUGAUUGGUGUGGUGUUUAA